AGAUAAGAUAAUAAAUUUGUACUCAGCCGAUAUUUUAUUAGGGCGCAAAUUUGUACUCAAUGAGGGAUAUCAAUUGAUUCAAUUCAUUAAAAUCAUUCAACUCGUUAACACCCUAAACGAGAGAACCAGAGAGAGAAGAGUGUGAGCGAGAGAAAGAAAGAGAGAUGACACGAGCUGAAAGAGAGCAGCUCAAUCGAUCACUCGGUUCGCAUCUGGAUACCAUCCAUGAGACUUUCCAGGUGUUGGACCAGGCACCUUCUUCUCAGGAGAAAGUCAGCUGGGGCGAGGUCAUACAAAUGGGAGAGCAGGUCUCCAAGCAAGCUACUAUAGUUGGAAUGCUUUGGGCAGAAGAAAAACCUGAAAUUAAAACACUGGAGGAGAACAUGUCAGCAUAUUUCAAUAUCUUACAGGGUUUCCUUUUGCUUUCUCAUGGAAGUAGAGUGGGUGCAGGGCCAACUCUUUCUUCCUGCAUCCAUGCAUCUGUGAAGCAUGUUGUUGAUUGCAGUUUUAUGCUAUUUAAGGAGUCUCUCUGUUCAUAUGGAUCUUGCAAUAAAGACCAAAAACUUCCAAUUCCACAGCUUGUUGGCACUGUCUGGGAUGCUUGUUCUGCUCUUAAAAAGACACCGUCUACAAAUGUUACAGCAAUUGGACGAGCAAUGACACAUGUUGCAGUAUCCAUCAAGGAUGUUCUUCGGGAGUUGAAGGAGCUCAAGCCAGGUUCCUCCGAUUUGACAGAUGAAGCCACUGAUGAUGCAUCUGCAAAAGCAGAAAGCAGCCCCAAGGAUAAAGACAAUUCAAGUGAUGGAGAUUUAGGCAACGACCUGUCACCUGAAGAGAUGAAAAUUGCUCAAUUGGCUAUUGAAGUAGUAUCUGAAACACUUGGGGUCCAGAAGGAACUUAUCCGCUCCAUCACAGGUUUGAUUAAGCAGGAAGAUCCAAAGGAGCAGAGUAAUUUUGUAAAUUCUUUAGAAAGAUUGUUGAAGCUGUCUCAGGAAAUUGGACUGCAGGUUGAUGAGCUGGGAGCCUGUCUUUACCCCCCACAAGAGGUAUCUGCUAUGAAGAACGCCUUGGAGAAAAUUACUGGCAUAAUUGCUGAAAUGCAGACAGAGGUGGCAAAUCUUAAAAGUUCUCCUGAAGCGUUUGCUCAGGCAUGUGAUGGUUUGAGGAGUUCAAUGAGACAACUGGAACUAGGUUGCUCCAGUGCCACCGAUCUAGUACCUGGGAUGCAGAACCUUGUUGUGAGCAGUUAGUAGAGAGAGAGAGAGAGAGAGAUAGAGAGUAUUUUUUAUGCCCAAGGGAUGUUGUACCCGGCACCCUCCAAUAUACCCAAAAAAAAAGAUGCAUUCAACUUUGCAGCUGAGUUUUGAGGGGGCCCAAGUUUGACAUGUUCAUGUUGUUAUUAUUACUGUUAUUAUUGAAUGGAAAUUUCUUAUUAGUGACA